AUACAACAUUAAUUAAAAAUGAAAUUUUCACUGGCCCAAGGAUUUGUUGGGACUUUUUUUUAAUAUGUCCCCUUUAGUGGUUGAGUUUGAGACCCCUGCAGUAAAGUAGUUAUAAUCCUAGCAGUUUGUUGUUAUAGCCUGCAGAAUACGGCAGGUUAUCUGCACAUGUGUUUCUGCAGUGAGACCCUGUGGGUAAAACUGGGGGAUUACUUCUUUAUUUCUACACAGUAAUUGCCUGCGUUACAUUCCAAAGCUAUUUUGUCACCGAAGGCUGCCAUUAGUGACUUAAACAGGUUUGAACAGGACCGCGUAGAACCCCACUUCUAAUGAGCUCGCGGUUAUUUCAAAACAACUCGCGCGCACCAGAGUUAGAGUCCGUUAAAAACCGUUAGUAUCGUGGCUCAGACGGUAGAGCAGGUAGCGUUAAAGUUGGCCUUAAAAAGCCAAAUAGCGAAAAAACUGGCAAACUGUCGAUAGAUAGCUAAGUUAAGUUAACGCUCUUUUUCUAUAAGGCCACCCUUUUCUUUGUUUCCCUAACACCACAAGCAACUAACCAACUAGAUUAAUGAAACAACAGCGUAGUUAGCUAACGCUAGCUAACACUAUCUUUGGAACUGACGUUAGCUAGUUACGUUAUUGUUGUAGGUCAUUUUCGCAAGUCUAAAGGUAGGGAAAAGUCGCCAUUUGUUGGCGUUAAAUUGUGUUAAAGUUAACUUACCAAGCUAGCUAGCAAACGUAGUCCAAGCAUAACGUUACUAGCUAGCUAGGUUAGUUAACUAAAUAACAUUAACAAAUUCUACAUGAUAAACCUAGCUAACGUUAGCUAGGUGAAAUAAUUAUUCAUCUUUAUUAUGUUAUGUUGCAGUAUGGAGAGAGCCUUUAACUUCAAGCUGUUAGUGCCUCCAAGAGCCAGCUUAGCUCAGGUGUCAGCCGUGAAGCCUCAAGAUUCUGGCCUGUUUGAGGAGAGUAACAGCUUUAUGACACCAAUACAGGGUUAUAAUAAGUGUUUUGAUAAAGAGACAAGUUUGCCAUUUUCCAACACCAACAUGGUGUUGCCCACAAAGUCCCCAAAAAUAGAGGUUGCUAAGAAGAUUGCUGUGUUGCCAAUGGAAAAAGAAGAGACAUCAUUAAGAUGCAGCCAGCUGUAUUCCAAACUCUUUGAAGAGGCAGAAAAAAUAAAAUCCUGGAAACUGAAAAUGGACUCUGAAAUUUUACAAAAAGAUAGGACACUUCAGGAGAAUAGAAGAACAAUCGAGACUCAGCGUAAAGCCAUACAGGAACUUCAGUUUGGAAAUGAAAGCCUUAGCAUGAAGUUAGAAGAACAACUCAGUGAAAAUGAAGAUCUGAGGAACAAGAAUAAUGCAACAAGGAAUUUAUGCAAUAUUCUGAAGGACACGUUUGAAAGGUCUACUGAGAAAAUGAGUCUGUUUGAGGCUGAAAGAGAAGAAACACAUGGUCUCCUCAUGCAGAAUCAUGAAAAUAUUCAGAGGAUGGUUUCUGCAUUUGAAAAUCUUCGCAUGCAAGCAGAAGCUGACCACUUAGAAAUGUUGAAGGUUAGAGAAGGCCUUAAACAGGUCGAGGACAUUAAGUUGAGGUUUGAGAAUGAGUAUCACAUGAAGGAAGCGGAGGUUUCCAUGCUACAAGGAAAGCUAACAGAAAAAGAGAGUGACCUUAAAGAAAUUAUACUUAGUCUCCAAGAGACCCAACAGAGCUACAGUGAACUUAAAAAAUCUGAAAAACGGCACCAGGAAUUACUUCACAUCUCUAAACAAGAACAGGAUAAACUUGAGGAGAAAUUGAAAAGGACAGAACAACUCAGACAGGAAACUGAGGAACGCCAGAAGAUAUUAGCAAGCAUACUUGAGGAAACCAAAGAAAAUUAUGCAAAGAGCCUUCAAGAGACUGAUGCCAAACUUGAGGGAGUGAAUACUCUCAAAGAACAACUGGCCGACAAACUGAAAGAGACAGGAAUUACUGUGGAGUCUUUGCAAUGUUCACUAACAUCUGAGAAACAGAGGGCCCAAGAACUGGAAUCGAAGCUUAGCUCAAUAUCUGAGGAACUCAAUGAGAGGGAUGCAGAACUAGGAAAAAUAAAGGAAGAAAAAAAGGAGUAUAAUAAUGAAAUACAACUGCUAAAAAACAAACUGGACAUGAUGUCAGAUGCCCUUAAGUGUUCAGAAGAAAAGUUAAAGGUGGAAGGGGGGAAGAUUCUUCAGCUCGCUGUAGAACAUUACGACAAACAAAUGGAAAUAAAUGAAUUGAAGGAAAAACUGAAAAUUGCUUCUACUGAAAAUAAAAAUAUUAUGGAGACCCUGGAACAGGCUAUAAAUGAGCAAAAACAGAUAAAAGAACAUCUUCUUUUGAAACAGAUGAAACUGAAAGAUUCUGAGGAGAAAUUAUCUGAAGCAUUGAAGAAUGAAACGGAAGCAUCCACUUACAUUAAAAGAUUGAAAAAGGAUCUGGAUCAACACAAAGAGAAAUAUGAAGAUCUGCUGGAUAGGUUUCAUCAGCUUCAACUUCAGAAAAACACUAUGCAACAGCAAGCUGAAGGAGGUGCUUCCGAGACCAAGGUUCUUGAGUCCUGUCUCAAGGAAACCAAAGAAAAUGAGGAAAAGAUGAAGAUGAAAGUAGAGAGACUACAGGUGGAAAAACAACAACUACAAAUGCAGUUAGAGGUGCUAAGUGCAAAAAAUGAGGAGCAACGUCAAGACUGCGAGAAUAUUGAAGAACAGUUGAAAGAUUCUAACAAGAGCUCCCAGAGUGAACUGAUGAAAAAGGAAAGACAUAUCAAAGCACAGGAACUAAAGCUGGCAAACCUAAAAACUAAACUGGAAACCAAAACCAAGGCACUGGAUGAACACCUGAAAGAAAAUAAAGCUCUGAAGAAGCAGAUAUCACUGGAGAAUGAGAAAUAUCUUCAGUUUGAAAAUGAGAUAACUAAAUUGAAAGAAGAGUCACAGAACUUGAAAGAGCACCAUGAAGAAGAGCUUAAGGGAGUGUGUUCUGAGCUCAAAAACAAAAUGACAUCAGAGGCUCAACUUACACUGGAGGUGCAGAAACUGAAACAAACAGCAGUGGAAGCUGUUAAGAGCAAAGAGGACACAGAAAUCAAAUGCCAGCAAAAAAUAUCUGAUAUGGUUGCCUUAAUGGAGAGACAUAAACAUGAGUAUGACAAGAUGGUGGAAGAGAAGAAUGCAGAACUGAAUGAGAAAAGAAUGCGAGAAGCUGAAGUUAAUGCCAAUAAAACAUCACUGGAACUGGAGCUUUCUCACCUCCAAGUUGAAAAUGGACAAUUGAAACAACAACUUGAAAAACUCACAAGGGAAAAGGAAAAUCUGGGACAGAAAGUGGAGGAACUGACCAAGAUGCAAACAUCUCAGAAGGACAGUUAUAUGGAAAAAGAGGGAUAUCUGGAACAAGAAAUUCUGGCUUUGAAGAAGCAAAUAAAAUUCCUUGAAAAAGACAAAAUUAAAAAGAUUUGUGAAAGAACACCCCAAAGUGGCAAGUCCUUUGAAACUCCAGAUGUUGCCUCCACCAAGAUUUUAGCACAUGCUCUUCCAAAGGAAGCAGAAACUGCCUCAGCAACACCUCUUAAAUUGGGUGACAACUUCCUUAAAAAAUCAACCUGGACCUUGGAAACAAAUAUAGGAACAACACCUCAAAUAAGGUCUUUCAGAAUACGCACACCGCCCUCAACAGAGAAAUCAGCCCCAUGGAGAAAAAACACUCUGGAGCUGGACCCAAAAUCUGACAGCUCCGGGCAAAAUGAUACACUGAGUUUUUCUUCAGUACCUUUAAAAUCAAGAAAGCAAGCAAAGGAGUGUGGAACAGAGUGUCUGAACCUACUGAAGAAGAGUUCUACUGUGUGUAAGUCUCCAGGAGCAGCCCUAAAACUGGCAGCAAUGAAGAGGAUGCGGGAUGCUGGGUGGACUACCAUUACCAGUUCAGACAAGAAAAAGAAAAAAGUAACUGAUAAGAUCUUUGCUUGACGGUCUUUGUACAGUCUAACUGUUCUACAUUAAUAAGUUAGAUACCAAGGUUGCUGUUGAUUCCACAGUUUAUUUCAGUUUGAGGCUUAAUUACAUAUUAUAUGUAUAGAGAUUAGAUACCACAAUAUUCUAAUGUCAAUGUAGAAUAAGUUGAAUCUUUAAUUUUUGAGUGUUUUUGUGUGUGUGCACGAGCUUUAGCAACAGUUAUUUAUUGCGUUAAAAUUUUAAGAAAUAUUUGCUGUUACUGUUCAGUGUUUCAUGUCUUGCCCUUUCAAUGAAAUAAAAAUGCUUAAAUCAAUUGAAA